ACCACGAUUUGUCUUCAUUCUCGUUCCAGUUGAGAAGUUUACUGCAAGUCCAGAAAACAUAGAUGAUUUUUAGGAAAACAUGAAGGAGGAGCAGUUCAACCAGUUACCUUCUCAGGGAACAAUUUACUCAGUGGGGCGUUUGGGAAGUCAUCUCAUAAUCGGGACGGGUAAUUAUGGGAAAAUCUACGCCCACAUUUGGGCCUCGAUCAUGCAACAAUUGCCCCUUCAAAACUUACCUUAUGAGUGUGACAUUAUUUCAAUCGACGCAUACAUCGACGCAUUUCCAGUGUUAGCGGUGGCAUAUGUCCAGAAAUGCAAUGCGUCCACGAACGGUGCAAUUCCAGAUGGGAUGGGAAAAGGAGGAUUUGUUACGUCGCACUUAAACAUCUACUCAACUUGGAUUUCCGUGGAUCAAGACUCUCCAACGUCAACCUCUUCGACGUCUUCAGAUGGUUCUAGAAUCAAGUCAACUUUUCAUCCCAAAGAAGAAUUUCAUUCUAGUCAGUUUGAAUUGCUUGCACAAAACUGUACUAAUUUUCUUCUCGAUUACAUUCCCUAUCAUUUGUACCAUAUUCCAGUCGUAAAGGAAAAUGGAAACUUUGGAAACAUUCUACUGAUAAGUGGAUCUGAUAAGAAAAUUCACUCUUAUGAAGCAGACGAGGACAACUUGACGUUUAUAGAAGUUCCGGUGAAAACUUAUUUCCCAGAAUUAGCACAAACCUUCCCUUCCAUAUGUACCCGAAUUUUAAUUCAGCCAGUCAACGAGCUCACAAGAAGAAUAACUAUGUGUGGAUUGGAAUCAGGGAAUUUAUUGAUUUGGGUUGUUACAUCAAAAUUUCAUCGUCGAAGACGUAUGGAUUCAGAAACUACCGUCACGUCAGGAAGCAUUACACCUUCAAAGUCGAUUCAUGAUGCUUUUGAAGGAAUGUCCAUCUCCGAAACUAAAGAUACCACAAGUACAUCUAGAGCACGGGACAUCAUACAAUUAUGGGAGAAGAGUAAUAAAUCAACGAAUCAUGUGACAAAAUCUGAUGAGUCUUCGCCAGAAAGUGCAUGUGCAGAGGAUGGGGAAUGUAUGACAGAUUCCAUGUUGGAAUCUUUAGACGAGAGCUUUGAAACCAUUGAACAUUACUACGAAGGACUGAUCACCUCAAUUAAAUCAUAUACGGAUGGAUUCAGCUUAAACAUUAUUGUUGCUUCUGCUCUCUCUCCUACUUACGUUUACACAAAUGUUAUCGAAGAACAUUUUCGAGCUGGGAGUCCCCUUAAAUUCAGUUCAAGAUGGGAUGCUGUCGAGUGUUGUUGCGUCGAAGAUGUUGAUAGGGAUGGAGAGAAUGAAAUUAUUAUUGGAACUUUUGGUUGUGCACUUUUAGUUUACAAAUAUAUGGAUGAAAUACUUCCUGAAUGGGUGAUUGUAUGCAAAAGAAUAUUGCCAAGAAAUAUCCUUGCAAUCGAGUUUGUUUCACCUGACCUACUAGUUGUGACUGGGCUUGGACUGCAUGUCAUAAAUUAUGACACCUCUGCCUAUUUUACCAACAGACCUGGAACAACUACAACAACUGCAAACCACCCCCAGCCGAUCCAAUAACUGGAAUUGCGGAUAAUAAUGAACUGAUGACAUUUUAGUAAUAGCAUACAAAACAUUUAUGUAAGCCUGCAAAGUACAAAAAUACAUUUUUUCAAAUAAAUAUACGAAACAUUCA